AUGGGCCAGAGGCAUAAUCGACGCCGAACUCGACCACGUUAUCGCAAUCAAUCCAGUGACCGUCACGGCAUUUCCGCCUCCACGUGUCUUCAGCCACUGGAUUCGCCUUCGUUGGUCCCAUCGUCCACUUGGACCUCGCCAUCGCCAUCUAUAUCCUCUGAAUCACCUCCCACCAACUAUACCAUCCCCGCAUGCAUUUCACCUGGAUCGCCGGUCCCCGCAAACCUCGCCCCAACCUGGCACUAUGGGUAUACGGCCUGGCAGAUCCGUGAUAAUGUCCCACGGGCGAACGGAGGGCUGGAAGCCGAACAGUGUCGUCUGUUCGGCGGUGAGCCAGGCGACGAUGUGAGCCUCUGCUAUCGGAUGCUUGAGUAUUUCGGCGGCCUUGACUAUAUCGACUCCACACGCAACAGCACUCUUGGAGAUUGA